AUGAUACAAGGAUCAGCACUGUGUUUUGUCUUGCUUUCCCUGGGAGUGGAGAUGCAGGUGGGCGCUGCGCCCAUCUGUGCCCAUGGACACAGCGGCUGCCACAGCCUCUCUCUGGCUGACCUGUUCGACAGGGUGAUCCAGCACUCGGCCAGGAUCCACGGGCUCUCCAGUGACCUACACACAGAGUUUGAACAAUACUUCCCUUUGAGUAAAAACCUGAUUGGUGAAAGAAAAUGCCACACUUCAGGCAUACAAACUCCCAAUGGCAAGAACAUUGCACAGAGCCUUAGAAGAGAGGAGUUGACCGAGGUGAUUUUGAGGCUGCUGGCAGCCUGGGGAGAUCCCCUGUCCUACCUCCACGAUAUCAUGGCCCACCAGCAGGACUUCAAUACGUACAGUGGCAGCAAAGCCCUGGAGAUGAGUGACAUGGUCCACCAGCUCAGGAGCGGGGUUCAGAGAGUGGCAGAGAGGAUGCAGCUUUUGGGCAUGAUCAGUAAUUCUCCGAGCAGUCUGUUUUCCACAGAGGCGCUUGACCCCAUCUCGCCUGAGACAUUUAUCAGCAGUGACCAUGACCUGCUGUACUGCCUACGUAGAGACACAGACAAGGUGCAGAGCUACCUCAAGAUCCUCAAGUGCAAAAUCCUCUCUGAGCAGGCAUGCUAG